UCCUUCUGUCAGAGCGGGAAGUUCAGAUGUUCGUCUGGUUUAGCUAACGUACCACAUAUCUCGGUGCCCCGGAUGCUAAUUCAACACAAAACUCACUUGUGAGGAAUCUUAACGAAGGAGAGCUCUGCAAUCAUGUCCAGUAACGCCGAAGAGAGGAGCAGCUCUGCACCCAAGUGCUUCGGACAGUGUACCUACACAGCUGAUGAGUACCAGGCGGUGCAAAACGCUCUGCGCCAGAAGUUGGGACCAGAGUACAUCAGCACCAGAGUGGCUGGGGGAGGACAGAGGGUGUGCUAUAUUGAAGGGCAUCGUGUAAUCAGCUUGGCUAAUGAGAUGUUUGGAUACAACGGAUGGUCUCACUCCAUCUCUCAGCAGAACGUCGACUUUGUCGACCUCAUCAGUGGCAAGUUUUAUGUCGGAGUCAGCGCGUUUGUCAAAGUGCAGCUGAAGGACGGGUCGUUUCAUGAGGAUGUAGGGUACGGAGUCAGCGAAGGACUGAAGUCUAAAGCUCUGUCACUGGAAAAGGCGAGAAAGGAAGCUGUCACUGAUGGCAUGAAGAGAGCGUUAAAAUGCUUCGGUAAUGCUCUUGGAAACUGCAUCCUGAAUAAAGAAUACCUCCAAGCCAUUAACAAGAUCCCCAAAGAGCCUCCUCCUCCUCUAGACCCAGCCCAGACUAAGCGCUGUGAGGGCGAGCCAUCAGUGGAGAAGGCCCGGGUCUCCAGUCUGGUCCAGGAGGAAAAGUGUGUAUGUGCGGUUGUUUCUGGCAGGAAGCCGCUGGAGCCCAGAGUCCUCAACCAGAACCAGAACCAGAACUGUUCGGAUGUUCAUACUCCUAAUACUGCUGGCUCUGCUCCCAGCAGUGACCAUGAGAACGUCUGCUCCAGACCUGUCAUGGACUCGGUGGACGUUGUCGGGUCUGAAGCGCAUUCAGACCCCAAACAGUUGAGGAAACUCCGACAGCAGCAGCUUCAGCAGAAGUUCAGGAGAGAGAUGGAGGCAAAGAGGCUGCAGCAGCACCAGGACCCGGCCAAGUCUGAGGGCACAGAUGUCACUAUUGGACGAGGAUCCAGUGGAGGUCAUGAAGGUGUACCAGCGUUCAGUGACGACACCUUGGCUGGACACAGGAAGCCCAGCAGCAGGGAUGAGUAUUUAGCAG